AUGUCAUCAACAAUUUUUUACAAGUUCCUUCAUCAGAAGGUUCAAUCUACAAUCCAUUUCGAUGGUACAGGUAUAUCAGUAUUUGAUUUGAAACAUGAAAUUAUUGUUCAAAACAAUUUGGGAGUUGGUACAGACUUCAAUCUCAGAUUAUAUCAUCUGGACCAACCAGAUGCCGAGUAUGAUAACGAUCAGGAUGUAGUGCCACGUUCAUCCUUUGUGUUAGCGCGGAGGUCACCAAGUUUGCUGAAGAAUGGGAAAUUUAAUAAUGCAUCUCGAUAUGUUAGUGGUAAACCACGGAUUCAAAGAAAGGCGAACCCAACGUUUGGACAUGGCGCUGGAGCCAAUGGUACCGCUCUGGGUGGAGCUGACUCUACUGGACAAGCUAAAAACGUUGAUGAAAGUGUGUCUGAAGAGGACCGUAUUAAGAUGAUGUUUGAAAACCAAUCGAAUGCUUGGGCUCAAACUCAAGAUGAAUUAUCUACUCAUAAAAUGGUUUUCAGUAAACCAAAUGCAACUGGGGUAAAUCCCGAAGACCAACCACCUCCAGGGUAUAUGUGUUAUAGAUGUGGAGGUAAAGAUCAUUGGAUUCGUAAUUGUCCAACAAAUACAGAUCCAAACUAUGAGGGGAAGAAAAUUAAAAGAACUACUGGUAUUCCAAGAUCAUAUCUUAAAACGAUAUCUAAAGAAGCAGCCGAAAAUAGUUCAAGUAAUCCAGAUAGUCAAAUCACUACGAAUGAAAAUGGGGACUUGGUUGAUGCUCAAGGUAAUACAUAUAUGGUGACAGACAGUGGAGAAUAUGUAAUUGCUCUUGCUGAUAGUAAGACAUGGACAAAUUAUCAACAAAAGCAACAGAACGCUGCAAAUAAAGCUAAACAAGAAUUUGAACAAAAGAUAUUGGAAUGUGUGGUGAAAGAUCAGAGAUUGGAAUUUUUAGAUCCACUUUCUGGAGAAACCAACAGGUUAUUGGCACCUCCAAUUGUAAUGACACCAUGUUGUCAAGAUAUAUCAAAAUUACAAAAACUUCGUAAUUUCAAUUACCAUCAACCAGACUUGGAACAAUUACUUAUUGAUAAUGAUUUCCAUUGUCCUAAUUGUAACUCAGAGGAUGUAUUUUUAGAUGGACUUGUACGAAAUAAGGAAUUGGAAACACAAUUGGAAGAAUAUAAAAAGGAAAAGGCUGCUGAAUUGGGUAUUGAAGACCCAUCAGUGGAAGCAACAAAACGAUCUGCAGAAGAUAAUGGUGGAGAUGAAACUUCUAAACGUCAAAACACGGGACAAUUGCCUAUGGGAAUGCCGCCUAUGCCAUUUAUGCCAGGGAUGCCACCAAUGAUGAACCCAAUGGCAUUUAUGCCACCUCCUCCACCAAAUUAUCAUCCACCUCAAUAG